UAAGUUGUGCUGACUGAUGUAUUGACGUAAUUAGUGACCUAAAUAUAAUUGCUUGUGUUUGUAUAAUGUACGGAGAGUGACCUAUGAACUUAACACGAGUAUUUAAGCUGACAAAACUAGUUUUCUUCAGUAAAUGUUUCUUCAAUUGAUCUCAUCUCUGACUCCUGGUCUUCAUUCCACACACAUGGUACUGGGGUUUUACCUGUAAUUGCCCAACAGGGUCUUAUGAGAAAUCUUUAUCUUGAGGGAAACCAGCCAAUAAAGUCUUUAACUUGUGAGUUUCUACUUCAUCUGACAUACAGGGUAUAAUGCAGUCAAAACAGAGCAGGGAUAUGAAGAUGAUGCAGCUCUGGGAUACUGUAAUAAUACAUUUUUAAUCAGUUUCAAAUUGUCCAGUACUAUGGAAUAUGUCUAAAAAUACAGCAAUUUUGUUAUGUCAUCAUAUUUACCAAUACAGUAAGGAUAUAAAAACAAAACCUAUAUUGUCUACAACAAUGUCAAUUCAAAAUGCUAAACGUUUUACAUAUUUAUUGAAUUUGGUACCAGCAUAUCAAAACUACUUACAUACAAUGAUGUUAAAUAUUUAAACAAGCAUGAGUUCAAAAAACCAUGGUGUAUAGCAUUACAUUAAUAUAACCCCUGCAAAAGACAGUCAGGCGUUUGGGUGUGUGGUUUUGGUGGACAUGGAAAUCUGUGCUAUCAUCGUUUGAAUGUUAUUUUCAAUGUAAAGCAUGGUAACAAUGUGUCACUAUCAAGCAUCUAAACACAGCGACACAGACUCACGAGACAGCCCGAGAUAAAGACCCUACAAAAUCCUUGUCAACCCUGACUAAAGCAGUCGGAGCGUUUGUGCAUCUGUGAUUGUUUUUUUUGGUGCGUCAUCAUGAUGGAUUUUAUUUUUGCCCUGUUAUUAGCUCUGAGUUCCUGUGUGAACUCUUAUAUGUUUUACUUUAAUCCUGACUUCCUGAACUGGACCGAGGCUCAGACGUACUGCAGAACGUAUUACACCGAUCUCGCCACCACCGAUGACGACGUGGACUAUGAUGACCUGCUGAAAACUGUACCCGAGGGUUUUACUGAAGGAAUUUGGAUCGGUCUCUAUCGGACGAGCGGGACUGCUCCCUGGGUCUGGUCCGAUCAGAGCACAUCCACGUUCAGAAUAUGGGGUAGCGGACAGCCAAACAAUUUCGGUGGCAAUCAGUUCUGUGUGGGAACAUCUCUCACUGGACUGUGGAACGAUGCAGAUUGUCCGACUAAAUACGCUUCCGUCUGCUACUCAGAGAAGAAGAUGGAUACAGUCAGACUGGAGGUCAAAUCAAGUCAAAAUAUGAAAGAUCCUGCAGUGAUCACAGAGGUUCUGCUGCAGAUAGAGAAGAUACUGAAGGAGAACGGGAUGGCUGAAGAUGUAAAGCUUUCAUGGAAAAUGCAAAAAGAUGGAAAUUUCUUCCAGAAUAAGACUGGGAGUGACAUCAUCCAAGAGCCUUGCCAUUUCAAGAUAGUUUAA